AUGGCGGACGAGAGCCUACUUCUAACGAAUAUCACAAUAGACAGAUUCAACGAGCUUCUAGCUCAGUAUAACCCCCUAACUGCGUCAAUAUCGUCGACCAAGAGUGUCAAGCCCGGUCAGAAGACGCUGCUGGAGUUGGACGCAUUCCGGUAUGAGGAUGCAGUCGCACGUUUUCGAUCCAGGACGCCACAAGCGCGGAUGACACAUGAAGAUGUCAAAGUCCUAGUUGACUGGAAGCUUCGUCAUGGCAAAUUCCGCCCAACCUUGAUGAAGCUUGUCUCAUCGAACGAUGAAGCGACCGUUGCGGACACCAUCGAGAAAGCAAUGGCAAAUUACUGGCCCGAUCGGGAUGCGUCGAAGGCGCUCGAUGCCAUUGCCAAGCUGAAGGGUAUCGGGCCUGCGACAGCUUCGCUGCUGCUGUCGGUCCACGACCCCGAUCGAGUCAUAUUCUUCUCGGAUGAAGCAUUCUAUUGGAUGUGUUGCGGCGGACGGAAGUCUCCCAUCAAGUAUAACGCGAAGGAGUACCAGGAGCUGAAUGUGGCUGCGCAGGUCCUCGUCAAGCGACUGGGAGUCAGUGCCACAGACAUCGAAAAGGUAGCCUAUGUGUUGAUGAAAGAGGAUUCGCAAGCGACCACGUCUGUGAUGUCCGAGACGAAGCCCACCAAGGCGGACUCGCCAAAGCCGCCGACAAAGAGAAAGAGUACCACGGCCGCGGAUACGAGCAGCCAGGCACCUGUUCGGCGAUCCAAACGUGGAAAAGCUUCCUGA